AUGCUGGCUGAUGCGGGUUUUGAUGUCUGGCUUGGCAACUCACGUGGAAACACCUAUUCUUCGCGACACCUGAAUUAUUCAACGGACCAAAUACAGUUCUGGAAAUUCAGUAACUCAAAAAAUACUUGGAAAUAUUCAACUUGCUGCAAUGAAAAAGGCACCGAUUACAGUGCUUUAAUACCAAUUUGUCUAAACUUCCUGGAAGGACCGGUCGUCUUCUGUGCUUUCUGCUCUCCAAGAGAACAGACUGUGCUCAUGAAUGUAUUUGUUUGUGAGUGUGAGUUUGUUACGGAUAACGGAACUGAGGAAGCGCUACAACACCUAUGA